UUCUGGAAGGUUAUGUGGGCUUUGCCAAUCUCCCAAACCAAGUGUACAGAAAGUCUGUCAAGAGAGGCUUCGAGUUCACUCUCAUGGUUGUGGGUGAAUCUGGUUUGGGGAAGUCUACGCUGAUCAAUUCCCUCUUCCUGACAGACUUGUAUUCUCCUGAAUACCCUGGUCCCUCCCACAGAAUCAAGAAGACUGUACAGGUGGAGCAGUCUAAGGUGCUGGUAAAGGAAGGAGGAGUUCAGCUUCUUCUCACCAUCGUUGACACGCCAGGUUUCGGAGACGCUGUCGACAACAGUAACUGCUGGCAGCCAGUCAUUGAUCACAUCGACAGUAAGUUUGAGGAUUACCUCAACUCAGAGUCCCGGGUCAAUAGACGGCAGAUGCCUGACAACAGAGUGCAUUGCUGCCUCUACUUCAUCACCCCCUCUGGACAUGGGUUGAAGCCUCUUGAUAUAGAGUUCAUGAAGCGGUUACAUGAAAAAGUGAACAUCAUCCCCCUCAUCGCCAAAGCGGACACAAUGACUCCUGAGGAGUGCCAACAGUUCAAGAAGCAGAUCAUGCGAGAAAUCACAGAGCACAAAAUCAAGAUCUACGAGUUCCCAGAAACUGACGAUGAGGAGGAGAACAAGAUAGUCAAGAAGAUCAAGGAUCGCUUACCCCUGGCUGUUGUUGGUAGCAACACCAUCAUCGUGGUCAAUGAGAAGCGGGUGCGAGGGAGGCAGUACCCCUGGGGUGUGGCGGAAGUGGAGAAUGGAGAGCACUGUGACUUCACCAUCCUGAGGAACAUGCUCAUCAGAACUCACAUGCAGGACCUGAAAGACGUGACCAACAAUGUCCACUAUGAGAACUACCGCAGCAGGAAGCUAGCAGCCGUCACAUACAACGGAGUGGACAGCAACAAGAACAAGGGACCAAUGACCAAAUUUGACACAAAUGAAGGCAUGAGUCCAUUGGCCCAGAUGGAGGAGGAGAGGAGGGAGCACGUGGCCAAGAUGAUGAAGAUGGAGAUGGAAAUGGAACAGGUGUUUGAGAUGAAGGUCAAGGAGAAGAUCCAGAAGCUCAAAGACUCUGAGCAAGAGCUCCAGCGGCGCCACGAGCAGAUGAAGAAGAACCUGGAGGCCCAGCACAAGGAGCUGGAGGAGAAGAGACGCCAGCUGGAGGAUGAGAAGAACAACUGGGAGGCACAGCAGAGGGUGCUGGAGCAACAGAAACUAGACUCCUCCAGGACCUUGGAAAAGAACAAAAAAAAGAAGAUAUUUUAAAAGUAUUGCAGGAGGACCACCAUGUAACAAUGUACUAGUUGCCAAUUUACCUGCCUGGACCGUCAGUUUGCCUGUCGACCAACAACCUGUUACUGAUACUGUAUGUGUGACAGAGCAGCGUGGUCUGUCUGGGGGAAGUUGGUUCUAACUGGGGGAUAGAGGGAGAGGGGCUCCUCCAUUAAACUCAAACUCACUUUCAGACAGACUCAGUCCUGGAACAUGCUAUAUCACUGUACUAUUUCUCCUUUUAUCCCUCUUUUUUUAUGUAUAUAUGUAUUUUCUUCCUGAAGUGGGCACAUUAGAUGGUUGUACAAUCAUGUUUUGUGGUUCAGUGUGACACACAGAAAAACGAUUUUAGAAAGGAUGAUUUUUUCACUUUAAACCCCAGAAUGCCACAACUGUUUUUCUUUCACUUCCUUAUUCUCUCUCUAGUUAGAUGGCCUUGGAGACGGACUGCACUGCUUAUUCUCUUUCUAGUUAGAUGACCUUGGAGACUGCACUGCUUUUUCUCUUUCUAGUUAGAUGGCCUUGGAGACGGACUGCACUGCUUAUUCUCUUUCUAGUUAGAUGGCCUUGGAGACAGACUGCACUGCUAUAUUGUAGUGUUCUAUUUAACGCCAAAUGACCAAACGGCAGAGUAGGAAGCUACUCACCUCAAGCUACACACCUCAGGCGUUUUGUUUUGUAACGUUUUUGUUAUUUAGUUGUCCCUUUUAUUUUUGUAAUCCUGAUCCCAAAAGUAUAUGCUCUUCCAUCCCUUGUCAUUGAAAUGAUCUAGCCAUGGACGGCGUGUUAGAACAAUUGAUUUAUUAUUAUUAUUUCUGUUUAAAAUGUUUGGUUCUCUUAUAUUGGCCCUGCUACAGUAAUCGUUUGUUCAUUAUUCGUUUCAUGUUUGUUUGCAGGCGUUUUCCAGUCUGGUCUUGGAGGUCUACUGUGCACACUGGAUUUGACUCCAGCUGACACAUAGUAGGCCCCCUUGACCACGGCUAGAGAACCCUGUUUUAGAAGACGGUGGGGAGGAAUGCUUGGUUGUUGACUCAACCCGUUAACACAACCCUAUUGUUGUUAUUGUUGUUUACUUACAAUUUCGAAUAGCUGUAAAUAAACAAGUCUAUAUUGACUGUAAUAAACAACUGUGGGGUUCCCUUUCCAAACAUCACAUUUAACUCUUCAUGUACUGCAUCUCUAUUUUUAUUUGUCUUUUGUUUUGUUUUUAUAGUCCCGUAAUAAACUUGUGAUACAACCCA